UAUGGCUAGAACACAAAUUAAAUGGAUAUUACUUGCGGAUCAGUGAGCAGUUUUGUUGACAAGUUCUGGGACCUAGUGCUGGACCCAACUUGCGAGCAGUUUCAUCAUCUGUUUCAUUAUCACAGAAAUAUUAAGCAGCUCAAUGAACGACUUGUGGAACUCAUCGAUGAAAGAAGCUCCAUAAAACAUCAAAUAGAUGAGGCUACAAACAAUGCAGAACCAAUUGAAGACAAAGUUCUUCAUUGGUUGCGCAAAGUAGAUGAGGUUUCAGAACAAAUUCAAAAGUUUCAUGAAGAAGAGAGUCAAGCAAAAACAGAGUAUAGCGUCACUUCAUGUCCCAACCCGUGGCUACGCUAUAAACUAAGCAAAAGAGCAAAGGCAAUGGCACAAGAAGUUGUUAAAAUCUGCGGAAAGGGAAACUUCAAUACAGUUUCAUAUCGCGUUCUUCCCCCGUCCAUGCCAGAAUUAUUCAACAGAGAAAGCAAUGCAGGGAUUGGUUCAAGAGUGCAAAUUGUGAAUCAAAUUAUAGAGGAAUUACGGAAUCCAAGUGUUAAUAUGAUUGGAUUGUGUGGGCUUGGUGGUGUUGGCAAGACCACUAUAGCUAAAGAAGUAGCAAAGAGUCAAAACAUGUUUGAAAAGGUAAUCUUGGCAAUUGUUUCUCAAGAAUUGAAUGUUGAGAAGAUUCAAGGCCAGAUUGCUGUGAAACUGGGUAUGCAACUCAAUGAAACAUUUGAAGAAGUAAGAGCUUGUCAUCUGUAUGAGAGGUUGAAGCAAGAGAAGAAUUUGCUCCUAAUAUUGGAUGAUCUCUGGGAGGAACUUGAUUUGGGCAAAGUUGGAAUUCCUUUUGUUGACGUUGAGAAUUAUAACAAAAAGAAUGAAGGCUGCAAAAUUCUACUAACUUCAAGGAACGAAACGCUGCUAUCAAACCGCAUGAAAUGUCAAAAAACUAUCAAAGUGGGUUUUUUGUCAGAGGAUGAAUCAUGGGAGUUGUUCAAGAGGAUUGCUGAACUGUCUAUUGACUCAAGUAGUCCUGACCUGAUAUCUAUAGCUAAUGCGAUUGUUCAAAAGUGCAGAGGCUUGCCACUAGCGAUUGCUACAGCUGCCAAAGAAUUGCUAGGAAAAAAUCCAGAUGACUGGAAAGAUUACCUUGCCCGAUUGAAUAAUCCUUUAAGGAGAAACAUCACAGGAAUUAGAGAGGUAGAUACCAUUUUGAUAUCAAGCUAUGAUCGUCUAACCUCAUUAGAGAACAAGCAUAUUUUCUUGCUUGGUGCCAUGUUGUCCCAUGAUCCCUCAAUCGAAGACCUUCUCAUGCACUCUAUGGGGUUAGAUUUUCUGAAACACACAGAAAACAUGGAGGAAGCCCACAAUGGAAUCUCUGCUAUUGUGUUACUUCCAAAAUUAGAGAGGUUGGAAUUGUCCAAUUCAAUCAAUUUGAUUCCAACGAUAUGGGACGACCAACUUUCACACACCUCAUUUAGCAAUUUGAAAAUAUUGAUUGUGAAAAACUGUGGCUUUGUGAAAUUAGUGCCCCUUUGUGUGCUAAAAUCUUUAUACAAUUUGGAAGAACUGGAAGUCAGGAAUUGUCACAUGUUGGAGAUGGUGCUUGAUUUUGAAGAUUUGAACGAAUAUAGAGAGACGGUGUCAUCAUCAAUCCAGGUUGUGCCACUGAAGAAGUUAAAGCUAUAUGGAUUGCCAAAAUUGAAGAAUGUGUGGAGCAAUCACUACCAAGGAAAUGUCUCCUUCCCAUGUCUAAGGAAUGUCAAUGUUUUUAGAUGUGAAAGUCUCACAAGUAUAUUUCCUGCAUCCAUAGCCAAAGGCAUGCUUUGUGAUCUUGAAGAGCUUCAAAUAGAUCAUUGCGGUGCGGAUGUAAUUGUUGCAAAAGACCAACUUUCAGAAUCUGCUGUUGCUGCAUUUGAGUUUCCUAGGCUGACUUCCCUUCAGCUUUUUUGGCUUGAAAAUUUGAAGAACUUUUAUCCACAGAGACACACAUUAGAAUGGCCACAACUUCAACGAUUAUCUAUUAGGUAUUGCGAUGAGUUAGAGAUAUUUGAAAAGGAAGCCUCAAAUUCAUUUGAAAUACAUGAGGAAGAAAGCACACUAGACUCAAAAUAUCAUCUACUAUCCCAUCACAAGGAUAUUCGUAAUUUGGAGGAGUUGAGAUUGGAUGGUAAAGGGGCUGAGAUGAUAGGGAGUGGCCAGUUUCCAGCGUACCCCUUCCCCAAAGUAAAACUGCUUCAUCUCUCUGUAAAGAAAGCCACAACUAUAUCGUACAAAUCAUUGUUGAAGAGCUUUCCAAAAUUAGAGGAGUUAGAGUUGGGUGGUGACAUUAAGGAGGCUUUUGGAGGGGACGAAAUUCCCUUUCCAGUAAAAUUGACUCUUCAGAAUCUUUACAAGAUGAAAAGCUUGGCACCAUCCUUGGUUUCUUUACCAAAUCUCACACAUCUUACAGUGAGAUAUUCUUAUGGGUUGACCACUUUGAUGACGUCAUCAACUGCUCGAAGCUUGGUCCAUCUCACACAUCUCUCAAUUGGUCGCUGCCGUCAAAUAGAGGAAAGGGAAAAUUACACUCAGGAAAUCAUCUCGAAGCAUGAAGGAGAGGAUGAUGAGGAUAAGGAAAUCUUUUUCAACAAAUUGCAGUACUUGCAAUUUGACAGAUGUCCAAGAUUGAAGAGAUUUUGUGGCCACGAUUAUACUUUCAGGUUUCCAUUAUUGGAUACUCUAAUCAUAAGAGGAUGUCCAAAAUUGGAAAUAUUCUCUCCAGGACUCAUUGAUACACCAUCUCUUCAAAGCAUUCAGUUGUCAGACGAUGAGGGAAAACGUCAUGAAAUUUGGGACACCAACCUUAACAAAACAAUCCACCAACAGCGAUUUGUCUGUACAAGAGAGCUGGUGUUAGAUGAGGAUGAUGUCAGCAUGAUAAGGAAUGACCAAUUUCCAGCGGACUGUUUUUCUCACGUGGAAAUUCUUCGCAUAGAAGGAUUUGUUGGUGAAGGGGUAACAUUUCCAUACGCAUUGCUUGGAAGAUUUCCGAAACUGAGUGAACUUCGUGUGGAGAAUAGUUUUUUUGAGGAGAUAUUCCCAUCACAUAAUGCACACUUUAUUGUUGAUCAAAUUCCAUCAUUCAGGGAACUCUGCAUUGCCAAUUUGACAGUGCUCAAGGUGUCUGAAUGUGAUCGGCUCGUCUAUUUAAUGACAUAUUCAACUGCCAAAAGUUUGGUGAAUCUUGAAACAUUGGAGAUAACUUUCUGCGAUAAGAUGGAAGAAAUUGUAAUGAAGCAGGAUGGAGAAGAUGAUGAGGACAAGGAAAUCUUUUUUAGCAAACUGAAGCUUUUGGAACUUGACUAUUUACCAAGAUUGAAGAGAUUUAGUGGCCACAGUUAUACUUUCAGGUUCCCAUUAUUAGAAUGUGUAACUAUAGCACGGUGUCCUCGACUCACAAUGUUCUGUCCAGGAGUCAUUUAUGCCCCGCGUCUUCAAAGCAUUCGAGUGGAUAGCUAUGAUCACCAUAAACAUAUUUGGAUGACCGAUCUUAACAAUACCAUCCAACAUCGGUUCAUGACUCACGAGGUAACUUCCACAGCCCAACACAUGGUGUUAAAUGCGGAGAAUAUCACAAUGAUAAGGCAUGUCUUUCCUAAAGUGAGAAUUCUUGAUGUAGAAAGCUUCCGUGAUGAAGGGGCAACCUUUCCCUAUAUCUCCCUUGAAAGAUUUCCUACAUUGCAUUCGCUUAAUGUGCAGCAUAGUUCCUUUGAGGAGAUAUUCCCCUCACAGGACCAGGUUAUUAAUUUUAUGGAAAAAAUCCUUCCAUUUAAGGCAUUACACGUUUCUAAUUUGGAUAAACUCAAGAGCAUAUGGAAGGAUGAUUCUCAACUGCCACUAAUUCAUCAAAGACUGACAUACCUCAGUGUCAAUAAUUGUUGUAAUUUGGUCAAGUUGACACCGUCAUCUGCUUCAUUUGAAAAGUUGAGAAGCCUAUCCAUAUCAGGAUGUCAUCAGCUCGUCCAUUUAGUGACAAGUUCAACUACCAAAAGCUUGGUGAGACUUGAAUGGUUGAAGAUAAAUGAAUGCAAAAAGAUGAAGGAAAUUGUAAUGAAUGAGACCAAUGAAGAUGUAGAAGGUGGAAUCACAUUCAACCAGUUGCAUAGGAUCAGACUUAUUGAUAUGCUAAGCUUGAAGAUGUUUUCUUCACAAAGUUGCACUUUCGAAUUCCCAAAAUUAGAAGAUAUAGAAAUAACUGGAUGCCCUCAAAUGAAGAAGCUUGGUUUAGGAGUGUUGAAAACACCAAAGUUAUCUAAAGUGAAAAUAGAAGGAUGUGAUAUGGAAUGGGAGAAUGAAGGAGACCUUAACAAAACAAUAGAAAUGCUAUCCUCAGCACACACCAACAAAUAUUGCUUUCCAAACAUGUGCAGUUAA